GCGGUGAGCGAUUUCGCAAAUCGCGACAGCUUUGGAAAGUUUGAAAAUUGUCAAAAAAGUUUCGGCGUGGGCGAUUUUCUUUCCCGUUGCAAAAUUUUAACUUGCGCAGCUCAGCAAUAGGAGUUAUAAGACUUCGACGAGUGGGAGUGCCCAUUUUCGGUUUAAUAUCCUGCUCGACUCCGCCGUGUGAAGUUGAUAUUCAUAUUGUUAUUGAGUCUGAUCUGCUUGUCGUUUUUGCGGGUCUGCCCGACACAGCCGUCUUCCGCGUGGGCAGAUACAACAUGCGACAAACUGCCGAACGGUCAAACCGCCCAGCGGAGUUUGCGGCCCUUGUGAGGCCGUCGUACCAGCAGACGAUUGCUGCUGCUCGGGCCAGCCGCCAACCGAAGCCUCCACCUGCCGCCACCCGCCCCGAGCCUGCUGCCCCGAGUUCAUCGCCCUCUUCAUCCCAGUCGCCGACUGUGAAGACCUGCAACUACGGAGCCCUGAAUCGCAAGCGUUGUGCGGACUACUCCGUUUUUUCGGCAGGAUCAGCUACGCAGAUGAUGGACGCCGUUGCUAUCACAACGCAGAACUGCCGAGAGGCGGUAAUUGGUUGCAGGUUACGCGACAAAAUUCUUCGGGCUGCUCCGGAUCACCACCAAAUUUUGGCGCUUUCGGAAGUUCGUUGGGGGAAGUCCGGCACGGGGCUUGAGGGGGUGACGCGGCUUGACGGAAGUGCGAUCGGCUCCCCGGCUGCAGCAGAGGGUGGCGAGUCUGACAGCGAGGCCCCUCCGGUCUCUCCGCUUGAUGUUCGGGAUUUCAUCACCCGUGGCGACGGAUACAUAGCAGUGCUUGGACCAGGAGCAGGCAUAGCGGUCAGGGGCGGCCCUGUGUACGAAGAGCUCUCGCGAUUGCCAGAGGAAGAGUUGGCGAAGCGCUUCGAAGUCAGGGCGCGACGUGUGGUGGGGUUCUUUCGGGGCUUUACCCUCUUCAGUGCAUACGCACCUGCCGAUGCAAAAACUGGCCCGGUCGGCGACUACCUUCGCAACCUGGUCCGGUACAUGCGGCGAACCUUGCGGCGCACGAAGCGCCGGGACAUCCCUUUUGUGGUUGCGGGGGAUUUUAGUUGUCACGUUGGGGCCCAGCACUCCGGCUUCGCCUUUGGGGACUUCGCCUGCGGCCGGAAGGAGACUACAAACAAGGGCAAGGAGUUCCAUCGGGUUCUGACGAAAAACAACUUGCGCUUCGCCGACUCCUUUUUCAAGAUCGGGAUGAACAACGACGAGCGGCACACGUACCAGCGACCCGGGCAGGAGGCAGAAAUAGACGGCUUUGCUACUAGCGGCCGCUUUCUCGGUCGGGUGUUGGACGUUUCUCGGUGCACUGACAUCCGUGAUGGCCUCUCCCUGCGGGCGGAUGGCAAGUACGACUUGGACCAUUACGGGAAAACCCUGAAGCUUGCUGUUGCGCGUGCUGCUGAUGACCAACUGCCGGCGAACCGCAGGAAGGGCGGCAGUAAUUACGUAGGGCCAGCCCCAGUUACGCCCGACGUGGUCGCCCUCUUUUCGCAGAGGAUUCGGGAGCAGCUCGAUCGGCCGGAUUCUGGCGGUCCUGACUUGCAGACGUUAUUAUCUGCGAUGCAUGUGCAUGAAGGAACCGCUUUGGAAACCGGGCAGGGGCGCGGCUUCCGCAAAUCGGCACGCAAGAAAGAAAUGAAGAAGAGGGCCGCAGAGUGUGUUCCUGCCCUUGCAGCUGAGGGCGGUGCGAGGCCUUCCGGGGUGCGGGCUUUGUGGAAGCAUCUGAGCACCAAUCGCAGGACGAAAGGGCCAGCCUCGUCCCCUUUGGGCUGGUCUGAGCACUAUCUCACCAACGUCAUCGCGAAGUCGAACCCCGUCUGCACCUUCGACGCGUCCGAAUUCAUCUCGCCGGUCUCUGCUGCUAGCAUAUCCGCCCUGGACAGGCCCAUUACCUUGGUGGAGUGGAGGCAGGGGCUGAAGGAGGUGAAGCCCGGGGUGGAUAGCAUGAAGUGGUCGAAAGAAGUCUUCGACGCGCUAGACGACCACUGCACUCAGCUCCUUCUCGAUGCGAUCGAUGCCGAGCUGCGCAGCGGGAGAGGGCUCAAGGCCAUCGAUGUCAUGUUCCGCCGCACCAAGAUCACGCUCCUGCACAAAUCCGGAUCACGGUUGGACUGCGACAAUUUUCGUGGCAUAAGCAUGGCGCCAACCUUGUCGAAACUGGUGGCGCACAUCAUGACGAAAAGGCUGCAGGAGAUGACGGCUAUGGAGGGACUGGCGGAUCCGGAAAACUUCGGAUUUGUCAAAGGCAGGAACUGUUCUGAUGGGCUGGUGCUUUUUCGUCGUAUCGUUGAAGACGCGAAGGAUUUCUCCGAGCACGAAGAUCAAUACUCGCAGGUCUGGGCUGCGUUUAUUGAUUUGCGAAAGGCGUUCCCUUCGCUUUCGCUCGCCGUCAUCUCGUCGGUGAUGAAGGAGUUGGGGAUAGCGGGGGCCACAACCUGGCGCGCUUUGGACGCGUGCCGCCGUGAUAUCGUCUGUUGUGAGGAUAGGGAGCAGGUCGAUUUUUCUCUUCCUAUUGGCCUCCAGGAAGGCUGCCCGUCUUCGCCGGGGAUUUUCAGCCUGGCGUAUGCUGUGGUCUCCGUUUCCCUUCGACGAGCGCGGGCGCAGCUGCAAGCCAAGCAGGACAACCUCAACCCCAACGGUGUUCGCCUUCGAUGCCCAUCUUCUAGCUUCUUCGCGGCAACAGAGAAAGAAAAGCUUGGGGCAUUCUUCUGCCCGGGCUCCACCGUCGCGACUGCGGAAUCCGUGGUGGGCGCAGUAAAAUGCGCUGAUGAUACCAACAUCGUCGGCGAGUCUCGUACUGGUGCCCCAGACGACGACGCCAUGCGGGUAACCUUGGAAGCCCUUGACGCCGCGCAGAUGGGCGAGAACCUGAAGAAGCGGAUCACUGGGCCACUUGCUGCCGAAGCCUGCAAGUUUUUGGGUGUAUUCUUUUGCGACAGGCGCGACUUUUCGGCACGGGUGAGCCGGGCCUGGCGGGCCUAUUAUUCCGCGCAGCGUCUUCUAGUGGGGUUUGGUGAGUUGGGUAAGGUACAUCGACGGGUGGUCGUUUCUGCUCUCGUCAGGAGCGCGCUGAUAUACGGCGCGCACACCCGCUCCUUUUCUGCGAAGGAGGUCGCGAAGCUGCAGCCCGAGGAGAAUGCAAUCUUGCGCAGGCUUUGCAACACCUCGACGCCGCAGAUGGACGCCAACAACGUCAGUCACUCCGAGCUCCGAAGGCAUCUCGGCCUCUCGCCUCUGGCUGCCGAGAUUAGCUUUGCCCGUCUUUCGCAUGGCGGGCAUCUCCUCCGCCGGGAUUCGUCGUACCUGCCUCGCCAGGCGUUUCUCGGCCGGUUCAUAGUCAGUUCCGCUGACCCCGCUGUCACUCCGCAGUCCCACCCAGAGCAGUUCUUGCGGCCGCAUUGUCCAUACCGGGUCCCAGGGAUCUACGAGCAGUUCCUUGAAGCCUGUGCUGAGGCGCGGACUACAGUGCACCAGCUUCCCGGGUUUGUUCAUCCGGACUCCCGUCGGGACUGGUACGUGCGUACCCGCGCUUGGUUUGUGGAUGCGGUCCUACGGGAUUGGUUUUUUGCGGCCUGGGGGGAUGCUAGAGCCAAGAGUCUGGAGGUCUCCAACGCUUUCGCGCAUCUGCUAGCGAAAUACGAGCUGUCGGAAGUCGAGUUUUUUCAGUCAUACGCCAACCUACCACGGGCGCGGUCGCAGCGCUCUACCUUGACUAACACGCCGGAACUUCUCGCUCUGCGUGCGAAGCAGCCACACCUUGGUGGGGCGAUCACGGACCAGCAGCGUUCAGACCUGAUCGAAGGGUCGGAGGGUUUGUCUUCUGCCAUCCGCGAUGGCAGUCCGGGCAUCCUGCGGCGCAACUCCUGCGAAGUUCCUCUGUCCGGUUCUAGACGUGCACUCGCUGCGCACCUGUCCCUUCACCGCAAUGACCCUGAUGACUUUGCGCGACUGGUGCGCGAGCAAGAAGCUGCUGUCUACAUACCUGCGGAAGAGUUUCUGUAUGGCAAAGCGGGCCAGGUCAUUACUCCGCAGCAGUACAAGCAGAAGCAGCGUCUGGUCAUUCCGCCCUGCCGUUUCAUCCCGGCGGGCACCGCUUCGAAGCUGAGUGUGAGCGAGCUACGAUGCCCCAUCUGCACAAAGCACGCAGUGAAGUGGCCGCGGAAGUACCAGCAACAGGUCGGCGCGUCUACCAGAAUGAAGAACCAUGAAGCGAAAUGCCGUGCCCGGGUUGGGCUGCGCUUGCAGGCUGACGACUCUGACGACGAUGGUGGACAGGAUGACGCUGACGAUUCUGCGAGCGACAGUCCAGCUGAUGCUGGGGAAUAA